AUGGAUUUAAAAGAAGGAUAUGGGUUUGGUGUUGAUAGAGUUGCUGCUAUUGAGAAUGGGGUUUUUCUGGUUAGAUUUCGUAUGGAAGAGGGGAGGGAGAGAGUUUUGGUUGCCAGACAUAUCUUUUUUGAUAGGAAACCUGUGGUGGCUAAAAGGUGGGAGCCAGGAAUUAAGCUGCGAGAUGAAGGAGUGCAAGAGGUUCCUGUAUGGAUAAGACUGCCUAGGCUUGACCUUAAAUUUUGGGGUCAGUCUUCUUUAAUGAAUCUGGCUGGUGCAGUGGGGAAGCCAGUGCAAAUAGACAGAGCUACUGCAACAAAAGAAUUGAUGGCAUAUGCUAGGAUCAUGGUUCAGAUUAAUGUCAAUGAGGAGAUGAUCGAGGAGAUUGAAUUUUUGGAUGAGAAUGGGAAGGUGAUGCAUCAAAAAGUAAUAUAUGAAUGGAAGCCAGUGAUUUUUUCUACUUGUUCUGGGAUGGGACAUGAUUCUAGUCAAUGUCCUAACCAUAAAGUUCAAGCCAGGAUACUGCAGGAGAAGAGGAAUUUAGAGCAAAAAGGGGAUGAGGUGAAUAUGGAGGAAUUGAAGGAAAUAAAUGUUGAAAAAAAUGAGUAUAAUAAGAGUAAUUCUUUGGGAAUGGUGGUCAGUGAUAGGGUUCUAUAUCACCAAAUGGGUCUCUUUAGUCUUCUUGAAACUAAGGUUAAGAGUGAGAACUUUGGGAGGGUCUUUGCUAAUUUUGGGUCUGACUGGUCUGUAGCUGCUAAUUACUCCAAGCACUGUGCUGGGAGAAUUUGGAUUAUAUGGAAUCCGAGGGGAAUGACAGGGUUGCUAUGUGGUCAGAUCAGUACUAUUGCUGAGAAGGUUAAGGGACCCUGGAUUGUUUCAGGGGAUUAUAAUAAUGUCCUUAAUCCUGAAGAUAGAGUUAGCUUGGCUUGUACUUUGGAUGAGGUUGAGGAUUUUAGGAGCUGUUUGAGACUUAAUGGGUUGAUAGACUUCAAAACUGGUGGUUUAUUUUAUACGUGGAAUAACAAACAAGAUGGAGAGAAUAAAUUUUGUUCUAAAAUUGAUAGGGUUGUGGUCAAUGGUGAAUGGGUGGAUUAUUUCAACCAUUUCUCUCUGAUUUCUUACCAGAGGGACUUAUGGAUCACAGCCCAUGUUGUAUGA